AUGUAUGAAGAUGAACAACAACAAUGGGACUACUACAGCAUGGGACUUCAUGACACAGGGCAACAUGAAUCAGAAAUGGAACAAGAGCAACAGAAUGAUGAACAAGCAGAUGGUGGGUAUGAUGCAGAUGUUGAUGAGACACAAACAGAGACAGAGGGGACUCCAACUCAAGAAGGUCAUGCCAGAAGGCCAAACAGAGAACUCACUUUGGAAGAAAAGAGACAACUAGCUGAUGAAAUUUUGGUGAACAUGGAAGGGGACUCAUUACCUUUUGGAUUUUUAUCCAAAAUGGUCAGAAAACACAAUAUUCACAGAUCAACAACAACUAGAUGGUUCCAGGUAAUUAAAAAACAUUUAGGGGAGGGGACUGCAAUUGAUGUGAGGACCAAAAAAUUAGGACAGACUAGGCCUAAACCCAAACAAUAUUCUGAUGAGUGGUUAGUGUCUGUUCCUCUGUAUAAGAGGACCACUGAAAGAAGCUAUGCUGCUACCCUUCAUGUUUCUUCCUCAGUGAUACACAGAUUAAUGAAACAAGGCAGACUUAGAACACACACAUCAAGCAAUCACCCAGCACUGACAGACAAUCACAAAAUAGCAAGACUAAAGUGGGUGUUAAGCUAUGUUCACCCUGUUCCAGCUGUUGGGAACCCAACUUUCAGAGAUAUGAAGCACACAAUUCAUAUUGAUGAAAAGUGGUUCUACUUGAACCCAGAAACAAGAACAUUUUAUUUGCUACCAAAUGAAGACAACCCAUACAGAGCUCAACAGUCUAGGAGGUUUAAAUUGAAGGCUAUGUUCAUGGGCAUGGUUGGAAAGCCACUAUAUGAUGAAAACAAAAAUCUUUUGCAUGAUGGCAAGUUUGGGUUGUUUCCUUUUGUAAAGUAUGACAUAGCAAAGAAGACAAGCAAGAACAGAGCCAAGGGAACUUUGGAAACUAAGGCUGUCCAGUCUGUAAACAAGGAUGCUAUUAGGGACAUGCUACUCAACCAUGUCAUUCCAGCUAUACAUGAGAAAUGGGCCCCCCAGCUACCAAAGGAUAUCCUUAUACAGGUAAUACAGUCCAUUCAGUAUCAGUCUUUCCCUAAAAAUCUAGAUGAAUUAUUAGAAAAGGUGAAAGAAGCUUGGGAGGCAUUUGAUCCAACAGUUAACAAGUAUACAUGGAUUACCCUUCAUUCUGUCAUGCUUGAAAUACUAGAAAGGAAGGGCAACAACAACUUUGUUCCACCACACAUGAAAAAGAGACAUUUGGACAGUCUAGACCAAUUACCAGACUUGCUACAAGUAGACAGAGAGGUUCUAAACACAGUGGUGCAGUAUUUGAACACAAUAGAAUUGCCAUCAACAAGCAACCAACACCAAGAUGCCAACAUGGAGGUAGAUGCAGACUAA